AUGGGUUGGCGUUUUGCUAGCCUGUGGUCUAUUACUUGCCUUUCAUUUCAUCGCCGCGGCGCCUCCACUCCUGCUAAUACCCCCAAUGCACCCACCCACCCACCCACCCAUCCCCGCUCUCCUUUUGCUUUCUUUGCGGCGGCGCCGCUAGACUCUGAUUUGCACGGCACGAUCGCCAUCGCGCAGGCCGACUUCACCGGCAACAGUCCUCGAGAAUUGUCCUUCCGACGAGGCGCUGAGAUCCUGCUCUAUCGGCAGCUCAAUGACCACUGGUGGGAGGGGCAGUUGGCCUCUGAGAGCCCCUCUGGUCCACUUAUCAAACCACCGCGCAUUACGCGGGCCACACCGAUUUCCAAGAACUGCAGACCCCCCAAUCUGGGUAGUUUUGACUUCGGCAGGAGCGGGGAGAGUACGGAGAGCAAAAAUGCGGACCGGCACGUCUCUGAUGGCGGUGGAGCAAUCGCCUCUGAGGCCUUCGCCGGUGACCGUUUCGAGGCGGUGCUAGACGCGGCCAAACAGGAGGUGUCUCCGAGGCCUGAAAACGAGGAAAUGCCGGCCAUAAUGUCGAGUAGCGUCUCCGUGCCCCGACGCGUGACAAGUUUGGCCGAUCGGGAGAGUGUUCCAAGACCGGUCUCCAUGGGCAGGUGCUCGCCUCUCGCGAGCUCAUUCGACACCGAUCGUCAGCCAACGAUCAUCCAAGUUGCAGAUUCCGGUGAACGUGGUAAUAUGCGUGGACCGCUGGUACUGGCUCCUUUGGAGCACCCCAACGAUCGGGCCACUGUCACCCGCCCUUCCUCCCCGCCAACAAGUGCUCCUACCUCUAUCGGUGGUGGUGGUGGUGGGGGUGUGGUUUUGCGUGCCUCUCAGGCCGCUGGUGGCACCGGCGCCCAGUACCGGGGUUCUUGGGCAGGCUCGACAACACACUCGGCCAUUCCGCCCGCACCACCCACCAGCCUGACUCCGCUAGCUGAGGAGAACAUCGGUCUGGUUCGAAAUUCGCUGGGAAGUGAUCUGGGCACUCCAAAGACCACACCUCCCGAACGAUCCAUUGAUCAAAGCUGGUCGAUGCCUGAGCAAAGGCGCGGCUCACCAACUUCUGCAAUGGAGCCAUUUGUGGAUAUCGAUUCUGUCUUAGCCGAGGUCAUGAAUGGGUUGGCGAACAUGGAGAAGGAACGCAGCAGUGUGGGCCGCGCCGAUACUAUCACCUCGUCGCUGCGGGCGCGAGAACUGGAAAAAAAGAUGCGUAUGCCUCUUGCUAAGCACACCCCUGACCUGGUCCUCGACCUGCCCCCCACGGAGUACCAGGGAAGCCCCACGGGCAGUGAGUCCUCCGAGACCGAGACAGAGGUCGCCUCGAAGGGUGGCGGUAGCGGUCUCGCCAGCAAGGGUUUCUCCAGUCUGCGAAAUUCUGCUAGUGCUGCUGACACCUUUGCCGAACAGGGC